GCGAUCGACUUCGACGAAACUAAUAUCGAUAGCAUACAUCCACUCAGUAUCGACAUAGGCUGCCAGGCAAUGAGUAAAAAUGCCUUCCAGCGUGAUUGAGAGCCACGGCGUCCCCGGUGUCGCCGCCUUUUCGGCCUUUCUCGAAAACCUCUUGGCACGCGCAGAAGCAGUAAAGCCGACGGCAUCCAUCGAACCUCCUCUCGACAAGGCCGAUUUUCAAAAUCUCCAGACCCAGCUGAACGAGGCCCUUGGCGUGGAGCCCAGCCAAGCUAGUGAAGUGAACGAUGCAAAGCGGACACAGCGGCACGCCAUCAUCGAGACUGCCGUAAGAGACACGUUCAGCAACCUGAUCGCCACCACCUCUAUCGACUCGCCAGAUUUUGCCCGAGUAUGGAACCUCUUUGACAUCCUGUCCAUCCUCUCUGAUGACGAGCAGUGUGAUCCCGCCCUGCUUCUGUGGCUGGUUGAGGAGCUGCUUGACAGUCAGACUAUUGCCGGUUGUCGCAAGGUGUUUGACUUUCUCGAGUCCCGCAGAGAGCGCAUCACAGCAAAGCAUUUUGGUCAAAAGAAGCUGGUCAUUCUCCGCACCUGCAAUGAGCUUCUUCGACGUCUAUCAAGGGCUCUGGAUCCAGCGUUCUCUGGUAGAGUGUUUAUCUACCUCUUUCAGAGCUUUCCGCUCGGAGAUAGAAGUUCCGUCAACCUGAGAGGAGAGUACCACGUCGAAAAUGUUACCACAUGGGAUCAAGAGCCGACAAAGACAGAGGAUGCUUCUGCCGAUAGAAUGGAUGUCGACACGGAGACGCAGGGCGAAUCUGCCCAAAAGACUGGCGAGCAGCGAUCAACUCCCAAGCCCGGAGCUACAGAUGCCAAAAAGCAGCAGGACAAGGCGCUCGAUCUGGAGGCUUUAUACCCUAUCUUCUGGUCCCUGCAGGAGAGCUUCAAUCAGCCAAAGAAGUUGUUUGAGCCCGCGCAGUUUGCCUCCUUCAAGUCUGGUCUAGAAGCGACCAUGGCUACCUUCCAGAGCAUCAAGUCCGAUGAGAGCAAGCGUGCACUAAAGAGGAAGCGUGGUGAAGGUGAGGAUGACGAGUUGGCUAAUGGUUUUAACCCAAAGUAUCUUACCAGUCGUGAUUUGUUUAAACUCGAGAUUGGCGAUCUUGCCCUACGUCGAAACGUACUCGUUCAAGCCUUGAUCAUCAUGGAGUUCCUACUUUCCCUCUCACCCAAGGGUAAGGAAAAGAUCGCCAGCAUCAAAGCACCCAACAAGUCCGUAUCACAUUCGGAUCAACAGUUGAGUGAGGAAGACACCCACUGGGUGCUAGACAUGAAGAAGAAAAUCGCCGAUUACCUCAAGCUAGGCCCAGAAGGUCCUUACUUUUACCGGAUGAUCGAAACUGUCCUGAGCAGGGACAAGAAUUGGGUGCACUGGAAGGUAGAGGGCUGCCCGCCUAUCGAAAUGCCCGCCGUUUCCCCUCAAGCGUUCCUCGAUGCCAAGAUUGCGGCAGGCAAGCUAGCAACAGCAAAGAAAAUGAGAGAUGCACCGAUGGGCUCGAUGAACUGGGACUUCCUACAAGAUGAGGACCCGGACGAAGCUUGGAAGAAGCUCGAAAAUCCGGAACGGUACCAACAACCUGACCUCAAGACACUCGAACGAAAGUUAGAGGAUGCCAAAUUCGAUAUCGAGAUGGCCAGAGAUUCCAAGGAGAAGCAAAGGGCAAUCGAGGCCAAGAACAGCCUUACCUGGGUGGCUCUUAGAGUCGCCAGCAGAUCCAAACUGGCGAUGUUCGACGACAUUGAUAGUGAUGACAACAUCGACGUCAUUUUCCAGGACAAGCCUAAAGAACCCGAGCCACAAGAGGCGGAGGAUUCCACGGCUGCUGCUGAUGCCGUCUUCCCCGAUGACCGGAAGCCAAUAGUCGUCGUAGACGUCAGCCGGACCAGCAAACUCAGUGUUGCGAAGCGACUAGCCAGCCAACACCCCGGCGUCUUCACACGAGUACCAGCUCACAUCACCCGCAAACCUCAAGAAGGCGAAAAGGAAGGACAGGAUUACUACUUUGUGGACACACAAACAUUCAACAUGAUGCGAGACGGCGACCAGCUUAUCGAGUUUACGGAAGGAGACUACAGCCAAGGCACGAGCAGGAAACACAUCCAAGCCGUUAGUGAGGCAGGCAAGGUUGCUAUUAUGGAGAUGAGCCACGAUAGCGCACAACAAGUCAAAGACUGGGACUUUUCGGCGCGCUUCAUUUGCAUCGAGCCUCCCUCGCCAGAAAUCCUGGAAGCGCAACUAAGAGAAAAUGGCAGCGGCCUCGAAGGAAACGAGGAUCAAAUUCAAGCCAUCCUCAAAGACGCCGCCGAACUCGCAAAGCAACAAAAGUCCCCAGACUUCUACGAGUCAGUCAUCGACGGUGGCGACGAUUGGACCGCCCUUGAGGUCGCUGUAUACGGCAAGGCGAUCACCACCACCAAUGGUAAUGGCUCGACCGAGGAGGACAAUGAGAAUCGGGAACCUGAAAACGGCGAUGUCUCUAUGUCCGCCGUCGAGGGCGCAAGUAAGAAGGAACCCGCAACAACGACAACAGCAGGUGGAAUUGAUGAAGAUGUUCAAAUGACGGAUGCGGCUUCUGCACCUGAGACUUAG